GUUUUUUGAACAAAUUAUUCAACACUAUCCAAAAAUAAAUCAGCAAAUUGUUAAACUAUUUUGUUUAUUAUUUUAGUAUAAACCAUUAAGGAAUCAUGGAAAUAGCAGACACAUACUACAGUAAGGAUGAAUACGUGGAGACGGCCUCUGGCAACAAGGUGAGCCGCCACACAGUGCUUUGUGGUUCCCAGAACAUAGUACUCAAUGGAAAGGUUAUUGUCCAGAGCGGUGCCAUUAUACGAGGUGAUUUGGCCAAUGUACGAACUGGAAGAUAUUGUGUGAUUAGUAAAAAUUCCGUCAUCCGUCCACCUUAUAAACAAUUCAGCAAAGGCAUCGCCUUCUUUCCCAUGCACAUUGGAGAUCAUGUGUUUAUUGGCGAAGGAGCUGUUGUAUCAGCAGCCACAAUUGGCUCAUAUGUCUAUAUAGGAAAGAAUGCGAUUAUUGGACGUCGCUGCACUUUGAAAGAUUGCUGUGUUAUUGAGGAUGGAGCUGUGCUACCACCAGAGACAACAGUCUCUAGCUAUAUGCGAUACACGGCCAAGGGAACCAUCGAAGGUGGUCAGGGAAAUCCGUAUUUUGUGCCCGCUGCCAUGCAAGAUGAAAUGGUUGGCUAUACAAAAUCCUUUUAUGAACAUUUCGUAAGAACUCCAGCGCCAGCCAGUUGAACUAGGCUUACAAGAAUCUAAAGAGUAUCAUAAAUUAUUUCCAAGUAUAAGUAUUUAACUAUGGGUUUGCUAAAAAAACAAUUAUCAAUGUGACUGAUCCUGAAAUAUAAUUUUCAAAGAUUUUCAUAUGCCUAAAUCAAAGUCCACUCAUACAGUAAACAAUUUUAAUAGACUA